AUGGCGGUGAGGGAAAGAUCUAAGAAACGUCGAAAACUCCUCGAGAAACUAUUCUCCCAAAUACAAAAGCUCGAGGAGCAAAUUAAAUGGAAUCCGAACUCACCCCACGCAGUCGAGCCUUCAGGUGGCCCUCCAGCAUUGAAGAGGAAGGAAGAAAACCUUAAGGGGGAAUGGGAUGAAUGUGUUGCAUCCGAUUUGAGGAUGAAAGUGGUCAAGGAUAACACUUUCCUCUCAUUCAAUACCGUCGCGAAAUUGUAUGUGACUCAAUUUUCCGGCAGUCGGGUUGUUCUCUGCAAUUCGGAGGUCGAUAUGUGUAAUUUGCAAUUCGAAGUGAAUUGUUCGAUACACGAGGUUGGGGUUUUGUUCGUGACGUUCGGUGACCCGGGCUCUUUGGUGGCAAUCGGUGGGGUUAGGAUUGCAAGCAAGAUCCGUAUGCGGUACUAA